UUAAAAAGAAUGGGCUCUCUGGUAUAUAGUACUCCCUAUGCUUUCAUAUGAUCACAAUCACCCCCUUUCUCUCUCACACAAAAUGAUCAAAAUUGUUGUCUGCCUCCUCCUGGUUCUACAAAGCCUCACAUUGACGGAAAAUGCGGACUGCGGUGACGGGCGUCCGUGUGUGGUAAGCCAUGGGCGUUCGGGUUGGCUUUGCACCGAGGGGUAUGAUGCUUACCCCUUCAUUCACCCUGUAUCAUACACCGCCGCGUGUACGGGAUAUCCCAUGCUCUACCUCUCCCCCUCCGAGCCGGUGAGGACGGAUCCGCAUCUGCGGGCGAGUUUGGCUAUCUCCGAAGGCGACCGUCUGGAUCUCUUCCCGCAGAUCGUACUCUUCGGGAAGCUCCGAAAGCUUCCUGAGCAUUCGGAGGAGUGCUCGAGGGCUGAGAGGGCUUUGUUCGAAGCCCACCCCUCCCUCAGAGGAUUUCCAAAGCUGACAAACACCACCUAUUCCAUUUACAUGCUUGUAGUCGACCAAGUUUAUCUCACCAACAAAGGCGGCAUGCCCACGCUCCUAUCCCUCGAUGAUUACCUUUAUGUUAACUACGAGUAGUUUUUAUUUAUGUUACUGUAUUUUUGUUAAAUCCUAGUACUACUAUUUAGCCAUGUUGGGAAAAGUCAGUUAAGUUUGUAACUUUUUUUUGAACUUUUGGUUUGUAUGUAAACUCUAAUUAAUAUGAUAUGGCUGCUCUGCUUGUUUAA